UCAAUUCAUUCAGUUUUGCCUUUAGACAUCGUGUCAAGUCGUGUACAAUUUCGCUUUAUAAUUUGUGUUUUUGUGCGUAGCAAUUGAUUGUUUUAUUUUGAGAAAUUUUUAUUUGAAAAGUGUGUACUAAUCUAUUAUUUUCGUCUCUAAACGUUGUGUUGACAAAUUAAACUCAGACUACAAAGUGCUAUUCUGUUCUUGUGUGUUCAACCAAUUCUUUCACAACACAAAGGAUACCUACACAGGAGACAGUUGUUUUCCGUAGUGUUUUCGCUAUACAAACGGUUACCAGAUACUCAGAUAAAGCACUGGAACAAAUGUUUAGAUCAUGACGCGCGCGGAUUCUGGACAGUAAGAUUCUGGAAUGACAACUCUACGGGCUACCUGAGACUGUUUUUGCAGUGAAGGUGGAGGAGUACUGCAAAGAGUGGUAUGGGCGUGCGGUGAGACACGAAGCGCAGCAUCAAGAUGACGGAAGGCGAGCGACAGCAGAGCGCGGGCGGCACCAACGCCGCUCCGCAACACAGAAAAGGACACAGGAGGCAAGAGUCAAUGUACGCGAUGACGGGGCUGUACGCGGAGUCCGGGUGCGGGGACAACGCGGACAACCCACCGGGACCAAGCACGCCGCCACACCCCUCUCACCCCCCACGGGAACCAGGCAAAUGUCACAGCCGGAACCCGUCCGCUGGCAUAUGCGACAGAGAUCGGGAAAGGGAAAAAGAAAAACCCCGGCAAAUGUUUCCGGAAAUAUUAGACAUUCCUCAUGACAUACGAGACUGCGGUAUCUUAUCGUGGAGACCGCUUUUUAUUCAGAGAUUUUCUAGUAUAAAAGUAUUUGUAUUUUUCCUAUCGUUCCUGGUAACGCUCCAGCAAGCGUUAAGUUCAGGAUAUAUCAAUUCCGUCAUCACCACCAUAGAAAAACGCUUCGAAAUACCCUCAAGUCUUUCUGGUUUAAUUGCGAGCAGUUAUGAAAUCGGCAACGUCAUCACGGUCAUCUUUGUGUCAUACCUUGGUAGUAGAAGACACAUUCCAGUUUGGAUCGCGGUCGGUGCUGUAAUAAUGGGCAUCGGCUCGUUAGUAUUUGUUAUACCGCAUUUCAUAGCAGAAGUGAACAGCGAAACUCUGGCCAAUAAUAAAUCUGAAGAGAAUAUUUGCCGGCUGCCCGGCCUGGAUCAGGACUUGAGUCUUGCCCGACUAGCUGGCCAGGCGGGUUUACCACCCAGUAACUUGAGACCUGACAAUUGUAUCAAAAGUAGCCCCAGUACAUUCAUGCCAGUGAUGGUGUUUAUCGUGGCUCAGCUAUUGCUGGGUUGUGGCGGCUCGCCGUUGUUGACUCUUGGUACGACGUACGUUGACGACCACGUGCGACCCGAAUCGUCCAGCAUGUAUAUCGGUUGUAUGUACAGUAUGGCGGCCUUCGGUCCAGUGCUCGGAUUUUUGCUUGGUGCCUAUCUUCUUACUUUCCACAUGGACUCAAUUUCUGGUGCUAACAUAGCCAUUGGGCCAGCUGAUCACCGAUGGGUGGGCAUGUGGUGGGGCGGGUUCCUGCUUUGUGGUCUUCUCCUCAUCCUGGUGGCCAUUCCUUUCUUUUCGUUCCCGAAAGUGCUCGUCCGCGAGAAAGAGAAGAUACGAUUAGUGGAAAAAGCAGCAGCGGCAAACGGCAGCGGGUCUGCCAAACCUCAGAAACCGCAAUCUGAUAUCAGAGACACUGGAUAUGGAAAAGAUAUUAAAGAUAUCCCAGUGUCAAUGUGGCGCCUGCUGAAGAACCCGGUGUACGUGGUGACCUGCCUGGGCGCGUGCAUGGAGCUGAUGAUCGUGUCUGGGUUCGUGGUGUUCCUGCCCAAGUACCUCGAGACUCAGUUCAGCUUGGGCAAGAGCCAGGCCAGCGUUUUCACUGGGUCCAUAGCCAUCCCGGGCGCGUGUAUCGGUAUAUUUAUGGGUGGAUGCCUACUCAAGAGGCUCGAGCUGCGGCCGAAGGGAGCCGUGCAGUUCGUGCUGAUAUCAAACACCAUCUGCCUCUCGUGCUACGCGCUACUUUUUUUCCUCGGCUGUGAUAACAUCAAAAUGGCCGGGACCACCAUACCCUACACCAACAACAGCAACGUGGAGCCAUUCAAGGUGAACUUAACAGCGGCGUGCAACUUCAACUGCUUGUGCACGGAGACGGACAUGGAGCCGGUGUGCGGCAACAACGGCCUCACGUACUUCUCGCCGUGUCACGCCGGCUGUGCUGCCUUCUCCUCUUCCAGAGACAACUUUACUAAUUGCGCUUGUGUGCACGAGAACAGCCACGAUAUGGCGCUGGGCGGACUGGGGGCGGUGGUGAGCGGCGCCUCCGCCUCCGCGCUCACCGCCGGCGCCGCGCACGACUACAGCAGCGAGGUGACAGUGGUCCCGGUGGCGACGGCGGGCGCGUGCAACCCGCCGUGCACGACGAUCUUCCCAUUCUUAGUGCUCCUGUUCUUCAUGACCUUCGUAGUGGCCGUCACACAGAUGCCGCUGCUCAUGAUCGUGCUCAGGUCUGUGAGCGAAGAAGAGCGUUCAUUCGCGCUCGGCAUGCAGUUCGUGAUCUUCCGCCUGUUCGGCUACAUCCCGGCACCGAUUGUGUUCGGGAAUCUUAUUGACUCCACGUGCCUGCUGUGGAAGCAAUCCUGCAGCGGCGAGAAGGGCGGCCGUUGUCUACUUUACGACAUAGAACAGUUCCGAUACAGAUAUGUGGGGCUAUGUGGGGGUAUUAAAAUCGUAGCGCUGGGAAUCUUUCUGGCGGAUUGGUGGCUCGUGCGCAGACGACGACAUCUGGAGCAAGCGGCGCCGCUCGACCCCACCAAGGACAUCGCCGGCUCCAUCAUCAGCCUAGACAAAUUAUUCGAAGAAUUGCCAUCAACAGAGAACGCGAGCGGGUUCCGUUCGAGCGGCAGCUCGGCGCUGGCCACGCCGCUGGAGCCCGGCCAGCUGCAGCGCACCGACUCGCAGUACUCGCAGGACUCGCAGCGCGGCAAGACCUCGCGCGUGCUGGUGGCCUCGCGCCACCUCCGCAACGACUCCAAGACCAUCCAGCUGGAGCCGCGCGGCCGCCAGCACUCGCUCGACGACCUCGGCCUGGAGCAGCUCAAGCAGCUGGCCCGCGCGCCCGACGAGGAGAGCAAGCGGCUGAUCGAGGGCGGCGCGCUGCGGCACCGGCGCACGGGCUCGCGCGACCUCAAGCCGCCUGACACCCGCCACAAGCACAAGCGCACGUCCUCGCACCACAUCACGCUGGAGCCGACGGAGCUCACGCUGCAGCUGCAGAAGGGCCGCAGCGUGGACCAGCUGGCGGCGCCGCUGCAGCCGCUGCAGCCACUCUGAGCCCGGGACCGGGGCCCGGUCUAGGCGCCCGAAACAGACACGUGUACACUGACACCCGGGAGACGCAUAGACCGGCUCCGCGCGAAUCUCCGCCGCGGAUGAUAUUGAUGGCCGCGCUUCCGAUGCGACUGAGUGAGAUAAUAAUUUAGUGAAAUUGUAUAUUUGAAUAGAACUCGCGUUCUCGACUUAGAAUUAGAUAAAUGAGUGAUUUUAAAUCAUAUCCUAGAGUAGAUUCGAAGCUUACUGAACUAAAUAUUCGCUUUGCAACUGUUUGUGCUAAAAACAUGCAAAACAUGUUGGUACUUUGUAACAAUUGUCAAUUGGUAAGUUUUCGUUUCCUACACUUCUCUCCCAUUAGGUAUGGUAAGUACAUCAAAUGCUUUUUUCAGUAAACUGCAAUCUUUGUCAUUCUUAAAUAUGUACUUAAUUUAAUAGCUAAUUAAAUUACCACAUGUGUAAAGAAAUUGUAUAUUAAUUAUACUUUUUGUGCACUAUGAUGAUAAAAACCAGUAUCACCACAUAGGUAUUCACACAGUUUCAGUGAACUUGAUAAAAAGCAUUUAGGUAGGUCACAUAGGUACUGUACAUAUUUGUUUUUCAAAUAUUUUUCAGAUUUUUUUUCUAAAUAUAUAUUGUACAUUGUUAAAUAUUAUAACCAAAUUGUAAAAAAAUUAUAGAGUUGGUUUUUUUUUUAAUUAGGGAAUAGCAAUAUGUAACUAAUGUGUUAUUUCUUUUAUGGAAUUAAAUAAAAGUUUUAGUCCUGCAAUUAUGUUACAUUAGGGUCUUCAUAAUAAUUUUGUUACAAAAUUGAUAUUCCAAUCAAAAAGCCCCUUAAGGUGCCACAAAAUAUAUUUUGAUAUAUGCAUUAUAUUAAUACCAGGUAGUACAAACACCUAAACGAAACAGACUGCACUAAACCAUUUCAUUAUAUAGCUGUUUUGCACACCCAUGUAUAGUGCCCAUGCUUUCUAAUCCUAGGUAGGUGUUAUAGAAUUAUAACAUAACAAUAACAUUCCUUCUAGUACUAAUGGCCAAUUUAUGAGACACAACGACACAUGCAUGGCCACAGUAGAUUUCAUCCUAUAUUUAUGAUCUCAACAGUGAUUUUUAUUUUGACUGAAAUGUGAGUUACAAUUACAAAACUACUAAGUAUACAAUUUUGUUAAUUUCUCUCCAUUUACAUUGUUUUUGUUAAACAUUGUAUUUACUUUAUAAAUUGGACAAAUUUCAUAUUACAUAUUUAGGGUCCUUGUAUAUUUGUCAUCUAUUACAGUGAGUAUUUUUGUUUUAUAUUAUAAUAUAUUUCAAUAUUUUUAUAAGCCUUAUUGUAUUUUAUUUUUCAUGCUAUUGAUAUUUACAAAAGAUUUAUUUUUCAAACUUGAACUUUCGUCCACAUUUUGGAAGACUCCUAAUUCCUAUCCAUAAGAAUGCAAAUAACUUUCAUGAGUGAAUACAAAACCUAGUAUUUAUUUUUGGCAUAAUUUCUAAAAAGAUAAAUCUUCACAUUUCAUUUUUACUUACCUGUAUAUUUGGCAAAUAAGCAAAGAUUUAUUACUUCUGUCUAUAUUAUCUAAUACUGUACCUUUGUCAAUUCUUGGGCUGCUAUUUUGAUUAAGAACUCAAUUAUUACCUAAGUACAUCUUUCACAGUAUGAGCUAUUGUAUCAUUGCAUUCACAUUUCUCUCAACUAUCAAAAGAAUUGUGAAAGAUGUUCUGGGAUAUUAUUUAGUAUGAAAGUGAGCACAUAUUUUAAAGCAAUAUAUUUAUCAUGGAUUUACAUGAAAAAGACAAAUGUCAACUAUGUAAAUUUGUCAUAUAUUUGUUAAGAGAGAAAUAGUUUGAUAUGAAAGAGAAUGUUUUAUCUUAAAAAUGCCUUAUUACAAUAGUUUUUAAGACUUGAUACUGACUUAGAUGUAUUCAAACAAGUUGUUAUAUCAAUAUCACUGGAGAUAUUUGAUAGUAGCAGCUCCCUAAACUAAUUUGUUGCAUUUAGUGAUUAAUAAAAGUUGCAUACUUAUUUUAAAAA